UCAGUCCUGACACAUCGAGCGCGGAUGCCGCGCUGAGGGGCUCUUCACUCUCAGGCUCUGCAAAGCCCAGCGACCGGUCCUAGGUGUCUGUGACGAAUGCCAGACCGAGAACGUUAACCAUCCCUGCAAAUCUUGAGCGGGCGUGGGAUAGGCGGCUACACAGUGCCCCGCUGGCCAGGCCCAACGAGUCGAACGCGGAACCAAGGAGCUGGCGGAGGCUGGCGCGGGGCUGUUGCUCAGCAGGCCCGGCCUGGCUUUGGGCCCCUGGCCUCCUAGCCGGAGAUUCUGCGCCUGCGCCCGUCAGGCUGCUGCCCGCUCCCCUGGCGCGGCAGUGGUCCCGGCUGCCACGCGCCGCCUGGGUGUCUGGGCGAUCCAUGGGCAGCAGCGAGGGCCACGAUGACAGAUUACAGCGAGGAGCAGCGCAACGAGCUGGAGGCUCUGGAGUCUAUCUAUCCGGACUCCUUCACAGACACGUGGGACGUGGAAUCUAGCUCCAGCUGGGAUGAGGUGGAAAAGAUUACUUGUAUUAUCAGAAAAUCCUCCCAGCUUCACCAUUACUGUGACAUCUGAGGCUGGAGAAAAUGAUGAAACUGUCCAGACUACCCUCAAGUUUACAUACAGUGAGAAAUAUCCAGAUGAAGCCCCUCUUUAUGAAAUAUUCUCCCAAGAAAAUCUAGAAGACAAUGAUGUCUCAAGUAUUUUAAAAUUGUUAGCAUUACAGGCAGAAGAAAACCUUGGUAUGGUGAUGAUCUUUACUUUAGUGACAGCUGUGCAAGAAAAAUUAAAUGAAAUAGUGGAUCAAAUAAAAACCAGAAGAGAAGAGGAAAAGAAACAAAAAGAAAAAGAAGCAGAAGAAGCUGAAAAGCAAUUAUUUCAUGGCACUCCUGUUACGAUUGAGAAUUUCUUAAAUUGGAAGGCCAAGUUUGAUGCAGAACUCUUGGAAAUUAAAAAGAAACGAAUGAAAGAAGAAGAACAAGCAGGAAAAAAUAAAUUAAGUGGGAAACAGCUAUUUGAAACAGAUCAUAAUCUUGACACAUCUGAUAUCCAGUUCUUGGAGGAUGCUGGAAACAAUGUGGAGGUAGAUGAGUCUUUGUUCCAGGAAAUGGAUGACUUGGAGCUGGAGGAUGAUGAGGAUGAUCCAGACUACAACCCUGCCGACCCAGAGAGCGACCUGACCGAUUGAUGGGCCAUCCCCAUCUGCAGAGAGGCUUGACUGCCACAGCAUCUGUGGCUAUGCUGAGAGGGUGUUGAUUUUCCUUUCUUUUUUCUAAGAAAAAAUAAUUUUCAGGAGAAUAGUCUUCUGAAAGCUUCAUCAAUGAACUUAAUAAAACUGACCUUAAAAUUUCAAAUAUAAAA